UCUUCCCUGCAAAACGAUAAGAAAGAUAUUUCCCGUCCAUGUCCAUACAAAAUCCUCUCUACGCUCGUUUCCCGCUUCAAGGUCGCGUCUUCAACCCAGGUUUCCCUAGGGCAUUUUCCAUUUCUACUCAUUCCAGAACAAGGGGAAAUUUAGGGCUUCGAGUCUCUGGAAUUCCACAGUUCCUCGUGUUUAAGGUUCAUCAAGAUUCUGAGAUUCUUGAGGAGUUUAUAUCAGGAGCCAAGAAGAUGGCCUCUUUGAGUGCUCUUUCUCUAUGCCCUUGUAGGCUUUCACGUCGACCAUGCCCUAGGAGGACUUCCAUUUUUUGCUCCUUAGGUGCUCCUAAUCCUACAGGUACUCGUGGGUCUAAAGUCCUAAGCAAGAAUUUGAAGAAAACAGAAGGAGCUAGGAAAAGUAUGGAAGAUUCUGUUCAGCGCAAAAUGGAACAGUUCUAUGAAGGGUCUGGUGGCCCGCCACUCCGUGUUCUUCCUAUAGGUGGCCUGGGUGAAAUUGGGAUGAAUUGCAUGCUUGUGGGGAACUAUGAUCGUUACAUUUUGAUUGAUGCUGGCGUCAUGUUUCCAGGUUAUGAUGAGCUGGGUGUACAGAAAAUUAUACCUGACACAGUAUUUAUCAAAAGAUGGAGCCAUAAAAUUGAAGCAGUUGUUAUAACACAUGGCCAUGAAGACCACAUUGGUGCGUUGCCUUGGGUAAUCCCAGCUUUGGAUUCAUGUACGCCAAUAUUUGCUUCAUCCUUCACAAUGGAGCUAAUCAAAAAGCGUUUGAAGGAGUUUGGGAUCUUUGUCCCAUCCAGGCUUAAGGUUUUCAGGACAAGGAAGAAGUUCAUUGCUGGUCCUUUUGAAGUAGAGCCAAUCAGGGUUACCCACUCUAUUCCUGAUUGUUGUGGAUUGGUCCUUCGCUGUGCUGAUGGAACAAUUCUUCAUACUGGUGACUGGAAGAUUGAUGAAUCGCCAAUGGAUGGGAAAGUUUUUGAUCGUGGAGCUCUGGAGGAGCUCUCGAAGGAAGGAGUUACAUUAAUGAUGAGUGACUCAACAAAUGUGCUCUCACCUGGAAGAACUGUUAGUGAGACUGUUGUAGCAGAUGCGCUACUGAGACGUAUUUCAGCUGCUAAAGGAAGAGUUAUUACUACACAGUUUGCAUCUAAUAUACAUCGUUUAGGAAGUGUGAAAGCUGCAGCUGAUUUAACUGGCCGGAAGCUGGUAUUUGUGGGCAUGUCAUUAAGGACAUACUUGGAUGCCGCUUGGAGGGAUGGAAAAGCACCAAUUGAUCCAUCAACUCUGGUGAAAGUGGAAGAUAUUGAUACUUAUGCUCCAAAGGAUUUGCUAAUUGUUACAACAGGCUCUCAAGCAGAACCACGUGCCGCUUUGAACCUUGCAUCAUAUGGAGGUAGUCACUCCCUCAAAUUGAACAAGGAUGAUGUAAUUUUGUAUUCAGCUAAGGUAAUUCCAGGAAACGAGGAUCGAGUGAUGGAUAUGCUGAACCGGAUAGCAGAAAUUGGUUCAACAAUUGUUAUGGGGAAAAAUGAGAACCUGCAUACAUCUGGUCAUGGAUAUCGUGAUGAACUGGAGGAAGUACUUAAAAUUGUGAAGCCUCAGCAUUUUCUACCUAUCCAUGGAGAACUCUUGUUCUUGAAAGAGCAUGAAUUGCUUGGAAAAUCAACUGGCAUCCGACAUACAACUGUCAUAAAGAACGGUGAGAUGCUGGGAGUUUCUCAUCUUAGGAACAGAAGAGUAAUUUCUAAUGGUUUUGUUUCCUUGGGGAAGGAGAAUUUGCAGUUGAUGUAUAACGAUGGUGAUAAAGCAUUUGGCACAUCUACAGAACUUUGCAUUGAUGAGAGACUAAGGAUAGCAUCAGAUGGUAUUAUAGUUGUCAGCAUGGAGAUUUUGCGCCCACAGGAAAUAGACGGUCUACCUCAAACAAGCCUCAAGGGUAAAAUAAGGAUCGUCACACGUUGCUUAUGGCUUGACAAAGGCAAGCUUUUAGAUGCUCUCUACAAAGCUGCUCAUGCUGCACUAUCGAGUUGUCCUGUGAACUGUCCGCUGGCUCACAUGGAAAGAACUGUGUCCGAGGUACUAAGGAAGAUGGUAAGGAAGUACAGUAGUAAAAGGCCUGAUGUGAUUGCAAUAGCUGUCGAGAACACAGCUGGAGUUCUUGCUGAUGAGCUAAGUGCAAGAUUAGCUGGCAAGUCCGAUGUUGAUUUUGGAUUAUCACCAUUGAUUAAAAUGGUCGGUUCACGUCCUAGAAAGAGGUCAAGCAGGAAGCUUGAGGAAGCAGGCAGUGGCAACACCCACUCAGACGAGGAUGCUUCGCAACAAGAAAUUGCAGAUGAGAGUGCUGAAUUUGAGCAUUUGUUAUCUGAGGAAGAUGCAACAACAUCAAGUUCUGACACAGAGGACUCAUCUACACUAUUCAAUGAAAGUUCGGAUGCUUUUUGGAAAUCAUUUGUAACAUCAUCUCCUGAUGACCAAGUUAGUGAUGGCAAUGGUUCCAUUCCAGCAGAGCGACUGAAUCUCUGGCAAGAUGGAACAGAAAGCGGUGAGGAUGAUUCUGUUCAAUUGUCAAACCCUCAAUUAUCAUCUCCCAGGCCUGUAAAAAGAAACAAAUGGAAGCCUGAGGAAAUAAACAAACUCAUCGAAAUGCGGGUUGAAUUCAAUAGCAGAUUUCAAGUUGUGAAGGGGCGAAUGGUCCUUUGGGAAGAGAUUUCUGCAAAGUUGCUAAGCCAAGGGAUUAAUCGAUCUCCAGCGCAAUGCAAAUCUCUCUGGGCAUCUCUGCUUCAGAAAUAUGAGCAGGAAAGCAAGAAUGGAAGUAAAAGCAAGAAAGGUUGGCCCUAUUUUGCCGAAAUGGACAAGCUUUUAUCUGAUCAUGAGGUAGCAGCUACAAAAUGAGUGGGCAGGUAGAAGCAAUGUUGGGCUUCACAAAUUUUUGGUUGGGCUCUUGGUUUUCUUGCAUCACUAUCUCUUAAUAUGUGAUGAUCUCAGAUGAAUGAGAACUGGCUGAACAUAUUCUGAAGCCAAGAGCCUUUCAGUAAAAUCGUCGAGUAGACAACUGGUGAAUGUAAGCUGCUAGCACAUUCCUUGUAAGAGGAAUAUCUGUAUUAUGAUUGACGGCGGCAAUUGUAUUGGGUUUUGAUCAGCAUUGCAAGUUAUGUGAUAUUUUAUUUUUGGG